AUGGUGGACAAUAAGCUGACCUGGAGAGACCAAAUCUUCCGUACUGCGGACAAGGCCGCUAAGGUAGUGCAAUCCCUUAGUAGGCUAAUGGCCAACGUCGGUGGUCCCAGGUCUAGCCGAAGACGGCUCCUCAUGUCUGCAGUCCAGUCCGUCCUCCUGUACGGAGCUGAGGUGUGGGCAGAUGCAUUAAAUAAGGAGGUGUAUCGGAUGCGGCUUGCUCGGGUGCAGCGACAAGCAGCUCUCAGAGUCGCAUCAGCAUAUCGUACAGUUUCUGAGCCUGCCGUCCUGGUGAUUGCUGGAGUCAACCCGGUCAAACUUCUGGCUGAGGAGAGGAAAGCAAUAUACCAGCGAAAAGGCGAGAUCGGCAAGGAACGUGCCACAUCAGAAGAGCGCACCCGCACCUACCGGCAAUGGCAGGAGUUGUGGGAUCAAGAGACCCGAGGACGUUGGACAGCACGGCUGAUUAACGAUGGUCCAGCUUGGGUGAAACGGCAACAUGGUGAGGUGGACUAUUACCUCACCCAGUUUCUCACCGGUCAUGGAUAUUUUCAGUCCUAA